CUUCAUUCGACUUUGACAGUGACACAGUUAACGUCAGUUCGGCGGCUGUGUUGUCGAUGUGUGGUGUAAAUAUUUCCGUAUUUAGUUUCUUUGUUAAAUAACAAAAUGAUCAGUCACGAAGCCAUGUUAUAAGCAGAUACAGAUAAUAUUAAACAUAAUUUUAGAAGGAAUUAAUCUAUUUGACUUUAUAAGCGUGACGAAGCCAAAACAUGGCUGAGACCUUGGACCCGCUGUCGCCCAGCGUGAACAGUCAGGCGAAUAUAUCUAGACAGGCGGGCCUUAUGAACAAACUGAGAAUGAGGAUAGGCAGAGGAGGACCCUCCAACAGACCUGUUGGUGAAGGUUAUGUGGAGUUCGGAGAGUUUCGCACGGACCGACCCGGCAUCAAGAAGGUCGGCACCUUCGCCGGCGUCUUCUGUCCCGUCGUGUUGUCCAUGUUCAGUGCGCUGGUCUUCAUACGAAUGGGUUACCUAGUAGGCAACGCUGGGCUAUUGGUGACACUCGCGCAGUUCGGCAUGGCGUACCUCAUCGUGAUAUUCACCGUGACCUCUAUCUGUGCUAUCUCCACUAAUGGUGCUGUUGAAGGCGGAGGUGUUUAUUUUAUGAUAAGCAGGACUCUAGGUCCGGAGUUCGGUGGCGCUGUGGGAACAUUGUUCUUCUUUGCAAACGUCGUCUCCAGCGCCCUCUGUAUAUCAGCUUGUACGGAAGCUCUAGUUGAAAACUUUGGACAAAAUGGGUACCUAGUGGGUUCGAACCCGGGCAUACCAGACGGCUGGUGGUACCGCUUCCUGUACCGCUCUUGCCUCAACGCCAUCGGUCUGGGCGUGUCGCUGGCCGGCGCCUCUCUCUUCGCCAGAACCAGUCUGGCGAUCUGGUUCACCAUGCUGGUCUGCCUCGGAAGCGCUUUCCUUAGCUUCUUUGUGACUCCAUUCGCCUCAAUUGACAAGCCAGACACAAACCACAUCGUGAACGACACAGUAUUUUACUACACCGGUCUGAACUCGACCACUCUCUACGAUAACCUGUACCCGAACUACGGACGGGACUAUACCACAGCUGACGGUCAGAUGGUGGACUUCGCAUCAGUGUUCGGAGUCCUAUUCACUGGAGUCACAGGUGUCAUGGCUGGAGCUAACAUGAGUGGUGAACUAAAGAACCCAUCUCGCAGCAUACCGUUCGGUACCCUAACGGCGUUGCUGUUCACCUUCAUAUCGUACAUAGCGCUGAGCGUGCUGACCGCCGCCACUUGUACCAGAGACCUGUUGCACAACAACUACGUGUACCUACUGCCUAUCAAUAUAUGGCCGCCAUUUAUUGCCGUUGGUAUGCUCAUGGCCACAUUCUCAGCUGGUCUGUCCAAUUUAAUCGGAGCUUCAAGAGUUCUGGAAGCAUUAGCUAAGGACAAUAUAUACGGGUUUAUCCUGAAGCCCAUGGUCUCCCGCUCCGGGAACCCCGUGGUGGCCGUCAUCACGUCCUGGCUGCUGGUCCAGGUGGGCAUCAUGGCGGACUCCCUCAACGCUAUCGCCCAGGUCAACUCCGUACUCUUCAUGACCAGCUACUUCGCCAUCAAUCUUGCCUGUCUUGGAUUGGAUCUCGCUUCGGCACCUAACUUUAGGCCGUCGUUCAAGCAGUUCUCGUGGGUGACGUCGCUGCUGGGGCUGGCGGGCUGCGCGGGGCUGAUGUUCGGGCUGCGCUCGCUGUACGCGCUGGGCGCGGCGCUGGCGUGUGGCUCCCUGGUGGUGGCGCUGCACCUGCUGUCGCCCGCCGCCGCAGACCCCAGGUGGGGCAGCCUCAGCCAGGCGCUCAUCUUCCACCAGGUCCGCAAGUACCUGCUGCUGCUGGACCCUCGGCGGGAGCACGUCAAGUUCUGGCGCCCGCAGAUGUUACUACUGAUAGCCUCGCCGCGGCAGUCGGCGCCGCUUAUCGACUUCGUUAAUGACCAGAAAAAGGGCGGACUGUUUGUAGUGGGUCACGUGAGAGUGGGCGAGCUGGACGGCGCGGGAGACCCGCUGGCUGAUGAACACAAGUACUGGCUCAAGCUCAUCGAUCAUCUUAAGGUGAAAGCCUUCGUGGAGCUAUCCCUGUCCCCGUCCGUCCGGGGCGGCGCCGCGCAGCUGUCCCGGCUGGCGGGGCUGGGCGCCAUGAAGCCCGACACCGUGCUGCUGGGCUUCCGGGACACCGCGCCGCCCAGGGACUUCUUCAGGGACACCCUAUCACCAUACAAGACGGAUAUCUUCGACCUGGAGUCCGGCGAGGUGAUAUUCCCGACUCGCAAGCCGACAGACUCGCGCCUGUCCGCCUCGGAGUACGUGAGGAUAGUCUCCGACGUGCUCUGCGUCAACAAGAACGUGUGUCUCUGCCGGCACUUCCAUAAACUGGACAUGGGGAAUGUGGAGAGGAAGUCCCCCUCACUGAAGUACAUAGACGUGUGGCUGGUGGAGGUCCUGUCGCCGUCGUGCGAGGACCCGUUCUCGGUGCGCGGGCUGUUCGCGCUGCAGCUGGCCGCCGUGGUGCGCUCGGCGCGCGGCUGGCAGCACCUGCGCCUGCGCCUGCACGCCGCCGCGCUGCCUGCUGCGCAACACACUACCAUACAUGAAGCCGGUCGCACGGUGACGGUCGGGGAACAUUCCGCGCUGGAGUCGCUGGCAGCCGGCCGCCCUGUGGAAGAGAGAUUGGAUAAACUACUCAAACUGUUGAGAAUUAAUGCUACUACACACAUUGUAACAGAGUGGCCGAAACUGGACGACUACAGCAGGUUUCAGAAUGAGGACGACAACUCCAUGUUCCAGAGAGUACCAGUCAGCUAUCUACAGAUUGUGAACAACAUAAUAAAGCAGCGCAGUUCUGAUGCGACGGCCGUGACCUUCGUGCAGCUGCCCGCGCCGCCCAGACUCGCCUACACGCCGGACGACGAGACCGUCUGCCAGCAGUACCUCAAGGUACUUGAUGAAUUCACAAAGGAUCUCCCCCCAACUAUUCUCGUCCGAGGCCUGAAGUCCGUCACAUCGACCGCUUUAUAACCGGCCUACAGCUAAGCAUACGUUAAUAUAUUUAUUAGAUCUCGUAUCAUAGAAAAUGGACCAAUUAUAUUCAAACUCUAAAUGUAGGCAGACCAGUAUUGCCAUCGCCUUUUAAAACAAGACUUGCAGUUGUUGGAAAGAGAUGGCGCUCUACUCCGUGUAAUGCUGUCUCGCUCUCACAACUGUAAGUGGUGGGGAUACAAGAGAUAAAAGAUAGACUGAGCGUAUGGAGUGCUUAAUAUAAUAGUUCUGACUCAAUUGCAUCAUUUAAUCACGGAAGGGACUAUCGUGAUCACUAUGAAACAUAUAAAUCCAUGUUGAAGAUCGACGUAUAACAAAAUGUCGCCCUUAAACUCCCGUUGUUUAAGUAGAUAAAACAGGUAAACAAUUUUGGUGUAACCUUUUUUUUACAGGAUAUAUUAUACAUAGUAAUAACGACUGUUAUAUUUAAGCGGUAUACUUGAUUUAACAAUCUUUAUGACUGUUUUACAUUGAUUUUUAAAGGCAGUUUAUUUUUGAACUGAUUUUUUAGGCAAAAUGACACCAAGAUUGUUUACCUUUUUUAACUUCCUAAGCAAAUAGACACCUAUAUGUCUUGCGUUGUCCUUCAUGUAUUUAGCUGUUAGUGAUUAGGGUAGGCCCUUUUGACAUAAAAAAACAAAGCUAUGAAAAGCACUAUGUUCCGUCUAUUUUCUAUCUGGUCUGUGGUAGUUAGUAAAAUGUUGGUGCAAACAUGCGCUUGCGCACUCUGUAUUAUGACUUAGUGUUAAUAGUAAAAUUUACGCUGUUGUUGAAAUGUAUGUAGACAAAUUGACAUGCUUUUAUUCUGUAAGGUUUUUUUUAUAUAAUUUGUACUUUUUUUUCAAGAUUAUUUCUAAACUACAGAAGAGUUUUCGACUAUUUUAAUAUGUCUGAGCUUAUACCAAAAAUAACACAAAAGUUGUAUAUCUAAAUAAUUGAAUAUGGUAUGUAGACAUUUAUCGAAACAUUUUUCAUGGAAUACGAAUUUAUAUUUAAAUUUCAAAAUUAACAUAUUCAUUUGAUAUUAGAUUUCUCUCUCAAUACUCUCUCUUUCAUGACUCAAUAUCUUUCAUUUAACAAAUAUUGUAUCUUUUUAAAUCGACUUCAAAGGCAUACCGAUAUUCACAUCUGUGAAUAUCGUAAUAACCAUUUUUUAAGUAUAUUAUAAUUUUCAUUUUCAUAAUAAUUCGUUUUGCUACAUUAUCUCUUAUGUAACUGUGUAUUUUUAAUUGGUUAUUAUGUGUUAAUUAUUUGAUAUUAUUAUAAGCUAUAUUUACGAAUGGUUAUGAAUUCGAACAACGCAUUGACAAAGUUUUUCACUCUUGGAUUUUUGACUAAUUUCUUAUACGGUGCGAGUCACAACUUUUGCUACGUGACUUCAAUUAUAAAUAAGAGGCCUUGUUACCUAGAACAUAAAGUAGAUAAUAGCUUAACCCAUUCUUAUGAC